AUGAGACUGCUCACACAUAACCUGCUCGCGUGUCACGCCAAAGCGUGUCAAACGACAUCGAACAACUUCCCCCUCCUUCUCAAAGACGUGCAGCUCGAGCUGAUCGAGGCGGAACAGAACGACACAUUCAUCAAGGGCUUCCUGCCGAAGCUCGACUGGCCAGCGCUGGUCAAGACGGCAAGGAGUCUGGGCGACACUUCGUUGCCAGACCAAGGACCGGACGCAUCACAACCGCUCGAGGACGAGGCGCUGAUCAAGUUGCUACAUCACGUGCUGCUCGAGAUCCACGUCGUCGAAGGACAAAUGAUCUGCCCCAAUUGCCAACACAUCUACCAGAUCCGAAGCGGCAUUCCAAAUAUGCUGCUCGCCGAGCACGAGAUCGGAAAGUGA